GCGUGUUGGCGUCAUGUUAAAUGGUCGAUGAGUCAUGACAACGCAGAAAACGAGGAACAAGGAAGACGUCGAGUUUCAAAAGGAGUCAGUUUCUGUCUAAUCAACCACCACAAAUUAAUCAAAUCUUAAAAUGUCUCACUUUAGAAAGAGAGAUUGGAAACCAGAUCAUGUCAUCAUGCAGGAGAAUCCACACAUUUUGCAUACCCACGAAGCUAUGGUGGAUCUGAUAAAUGGACGAACCACUAAUUACACCUUUAUGGACGCCUUUAACUAUGGCCUGUUGGGUCUUGGUAGUGUCAACCCCUUCGUGGGUGACUAUAUUGACGAUGAAUACGACGAUGACAACGACUAUUAUGAUGACAAAAAACGCAAAGAUAAAAAAGCCUAUUGCGGUUUUACACACAAUUUUUUAGGGCAUAGUAGCUCAAAGCUACCCUUAACCCCACACCCAUGUAUAAGACAACUCACUCCUGAGGAGGCUGAAAAAAAUGGCAGGGAACUAAUAGAAGAAGAGAGCAAACUAAAAGAAAAAGCAGAAAAGAAAAGACUGAAAAAGAAGCGACAGAAGGAGAGGAGACGUGCAGGAAAAGAAAAGGAGUCUGAGAAUCGAGGGCCAGGGAGGCCCAGCCACUCGGAGAAACGGGGAGGAGAUUUAAACAUUGAGAGAGAGCAGCAGGAGGAGAAGGAGUUUACAGAGGAGCGCCUUGGUCCGGGACCUGGAGGUACUGCAGCCUGUAGCAGGCAGCAGGAGGCGCAGGAUUCUCCUUUGGAGGAGAACUGUGGUAGCAGUAAUGAGGACCAGGAGGACGUGGGAGACGAGGGCUUAGCCAGGGAGCCAGAGGAGUUGGAUAUGAGUAGCUGCUUCGUCUCUACGGCUGCGUGUAUUGCUAAACGACAACUAGAGCAGAACCCCAAACCAGAGAAGAAAAUUAUCCAGCAACCUCAGAAGCCAGUGGUGGAACAGCAGCAGCAGCAGAAGAAGGAACAGCAGCAGGAGAAGGAACAGCAGCAGGAGAAGGAACAGCAGCAGGAGAAGGAACAGCAGCAGGAGAAGGAACAGCAGCAGGAGAAGGAACAGCAGCAGGAGAAGGAACAGCAGCAGGAGAAGGAACAGCAGCAGGAGAAGGAACAGCAGCAGGAGAAGGAACAGCAGCAGGAGAAGGAACAGCAGCAGGAGAAGGAACAGCAGCAGGAGAAGGAACAGCAGGAGGAGGUUAUUGUCAGGAAAAAGGAGAAAAAGGUGGAGGCCAAUGUUGAUGAUAUUCUUAAAAGAAGCACAGAGCUCGCCCUCAUAGGAAACCAGUUCGCAGCCUGUGGCCAGCUGGAAAUGGCAGUCAACUAUUUCACUGACGCUAUUAAACACAAUCCUACAGAAUUUAAGCUGUUUGGGAACCGGUCCUUUUGUUAUGAGAAGAUGCAGCAGUAUGAUCGGGCCUUGAGUGAUGCCGAUCUGGCCCUCUCCAUGGAGCCUGGUUGGAUUAAAGGACUAUAUAGGAAGGGGAAGGCUCUGUCUGGACUCAAGAGGUACUUUGAGGCAUGCCAGACCUAUAAGGAGGUAUUAAUGCAGGACAGUUUGUGUUCAGAUGCUGCUCAGGAGUUGAUGAAAGUUCAGAUCAUGCAGCUGAUGGAAAUGGGAUUUACUCGUGAGCAGAGCUCUAAUGCGCUGAUUGUCCAUGGAGACUUUGAGAAGGCGGUUCAUGUCCUGUCUGGUAUUGAAGAUGAAUAUGGUAGUAAUGACUUUCCUGUGGCUGCCACCUCAGCAGAGGACAGUGCGACGUGGGAGGGAGUGGGCCCCAGGCCUAAACCUCUCCUCCAAACCAGACCUAAACCCAGAUCCACUACCCCAGUUCCUAAACCCAGAUCCACUACCCCAGGCCCUGAACCCAGAUCCACUACCCCAGGACCUGUACACCACGUUGCACCGGGAGGGAGCACAAGCAGUCUGUUUCCUGUAUAUGUUGGCUGUUUGGGGCCCAACACAACACAACCAAUGCUACACAGCCUCUUCAGCAGUGCUGGGACGAUCCACAGUAUCAAAAUCUUGCGCUCUUCCAACUGUGCAUUUAUCAACUACACCAACAUGGACCACUGUGAGAGAGCCAUCAGGACUCUAAAUGGUGAGGUGUUGAACGGAGUGAUGCUGGCUGUCCGUCACCCCGAUAGAGUGAUGCAGAAGAAACUGGGCUUGUCCCAAUUAGCUUUCACCCUCACCAACGCACCAGAGAAGAGUCAGGAGUGUUACUUCUGGAGGACCACAGGCUGUGUCCGACACAAUACCUGCAUCUUCAGACACGUGCCACAACACAAGGGCAUCGACAGGGACAAGGUCAACAAGUGAACAGCAGACAGCCACACACCAAUAACCUGGUCCUCGAAGCUGGAUCAAUGAGGUUUCCCCUCCCAGGCGUACUUUUCAAAUAUGCUUUUUAAAAAAUGUAAAAGUUAUAUAAGUAGACUUAAAAUUCGAUAAGCUAUAAUUGACUCAACAACCAAUAAACAAAUCUAAUUUUUUUUUUUUUAUCAACUAGGAAAUGUAGUUAUAUGUCGCUGUUGUUUUUCAAAGUUAGCUGGCUAAUUUGCUAAUCCUGUUUCUUGGAAUGGUCCGCUGGGACAGAAUCACGGCUUCUACUGACAUGUUCCCCUUACUGACAUGUUCCCCUUACUGACAUGUUCCCCUUACUGACAUGUUCCCCUUACUGACAUGUUCCCCUUACUGACAUGUUCCCCCUGCUGACAUGUUCCCCCUGCUGACAUGUUCCCCUUGCUGACAUGUUCCCCUUGCUGACAUGUUCCCCUUGCUGACAUGUUCCCCUUGCUGACAUGUUCCCCUUGCUGACAUGUUCCCCUUGCUGACAUGUUCCCCUUGCUGACAUGUUCCCCUUGCUGACAUGUUCCCCUUGCUGACAUGUUCCCCUUGCUGACAUGUUCCCCUGCUGACAUGUUCCCCUUGCUGACAUGUUCCCCUUGCUGACAUGUUCCCCUUGCUGACAUGUUCCCCUUGCUGACAUGUUCCCCUUGCUGACAUGUUCCCCUUGCUGACAUGUUCCCCUUGCUGACAUGUUCCCCUUGCUGACAUGUUCCCCUUGCUGACAUGUUCCCCUUGCUGACAUGUUCCCCUUGCUGACAUGUUCCCCUUGCUGACAUGUUCCCCUUGCUGACAUGUUCCCCUUGC